AUGCGAUCGAAAAAAAAAGUUGUAAUUCAGUAUCUGACUGAAAAGUUUGGUUUGGUUCCUAAAUCAAAACAUCAACGUAUCACGCUUCAACUUGCUGAUAAACUAAAAACUGAUAUCCAUAAUUUUUAUCAACGAGAUGAUAUAUCAUAUCAACUACCAGAUAAAAGAGACACAGUCGUUGUCAAGGACGAUGAUGGAAAAAAAGUAACAUAUCAAAAAAGAAUUUUGAUUAAUAAUUUACGUGAAACGUAUGAAUUUUUUAAAGAUGAAAAUAAAAGUAUUGAUUUAAGUCGUUCAUCAUUUGCUGAUUUAAGGCUAGUAUUUGUUGUUUCGAAAUCUGCUUUAGCACAUCGAAAUUGUCUAUGCGUGUAUCAUGAAAAUGUACGAUUAUUGUUGAAAGAUGUUGAUAAAUACGUUGAUGGAACACACAGCUCAUCUUUGUCAACAUUUACUGAUAGUUUACAUCUGGCUGAAAAGUUUGGUUUGGCUCCUAAAUCAAAACAUCAACGUAUCACGCUUCAACUUGCUAAUAAGCUAAACACUGGUGUCCAUAAUUUUUAUCAACGAGAUGAUAUAUCAUAUCAACUACCAGGUAAAAGAGACACAGUCGUUGUCAAGGAUGAUGAUGGGAAAAAAGUAACAUAUCAAAAAAGAAUUUUGAUUAAUAAUUUACGUGAAACGUAUGAAUUUUUUAAAGAUGAAAAUAAAAGUGUUGAUUUAAGUCGUUCAUCAUUUGCUGAUUUAAGGCCAGUAUUUGUUUUUUCGAAAUCUGCUUUAGCACAUCGAAAUUGGCUAUGCGUAUAUCAUGAAAAUGUACGAUUAUUGUUGAAAGAUGUUGAUAAAUACGUUGAUGGAACACAAUGUUCAUCUUUGUCAACAUUUACUGAUAGCUUAGUUUGUAGUACUAAUAACGAAGAAUGUAUGUUUGGGUGUUGUUCUAUUUGUAAAGAUUUCUUUUCAGAAAACAUCCAGGAGAAUGUUUCAAAUAGUAAUAGUAAAAUUACUUGGUCACAAUGGGCCAGAGAAAACGGUCGUGUAGAAAAAAAAGAGUUCUCAGGAAGUGUUGAUGAAGCAAUUUUGAUGUUUAAAUCAAAAAUUGAAUUUUUUUUGUUUCAUGUAUACAUUAAAAGAGAGCAGUCGAAAUAUUUUGAAAAAUUGAAAACGGAAGUUAUUGAUGAGAAGAUCUUACUUCAGGUUGAUUUUGCAGAGAAUUUCAAUAUGAAAGAGCAAGACGAGAUUCAAAGUGCACAUUGGAAUACAAAACCAUUGAGUAUUUUUACCGCUUUUGUUUGGUCGAAAAGUAAAAGUUUUUCAUUUGCUUUACCAUCGCUUGAUUUGACACAUGAUAAGUUUGUUGCCAAUGCAGCUUUGAAAAUUAUUUUAAAUCAUAUUGAAACAGUUCUACCAAACGUUUUAGAAGUAAAUUGUUUUUCUGAUGGUGCUGCUUCACAGUUCAAACAACGUUUUCUUUUUCGAAACUUAAUGCAAAGUAAUAAUGAACGUAAAAUCAAACUGAGUUGGAACUUUUUCGCAACAUCUCAUGGGAAAGGUGUGGUAGAUGGAAUAUGGGGGGGGGAUUGUAAAACGUCUUGUAUGGUCUGCCGUACUGGCAGGAGAAGUGUGUCGGUCAGCUGA